UACGCCACCUCCGGCAUCCCUUUCUCUCAAGCAUCUCAUCUCCCUUUUGAGACCGUCCCUUCCUCAGAACAACCCGGGAAAUAUAUGACAGGCCUCUCCGUCUUCCAUCAACUCCAUUGCUUGAAUCGGAUUCGCAAGCUGCUCCAUCCGGAACGGUAUCCGUGGCAGCUGGCAGCGAACCUAUCGGAAUCGGAGACACGAAUUCAUGACAACCACUGUGUUGAUCUCAUUCGACAGGCGCUGAUGUGCAACGCAGAUAUCAGUCCCAUACAGUGGGAGAUGAAUGCAAAACUGGGGAUACCGCUACCUUCCGCGAGGACAGUCCAUACUUGUAAGAAGUGGAGCAGCAUUAUUUCGUGGGCGAUGGAUCACAAGAUUUGA